AUGACUGAGUUCGAUUCCAUCUCCGCCUCAAUGAAGCUAUCCACGUGCCCUGAUAUUUCGUACCCCAUUGUCGCUCAGCUUCUUUCUGCGCCAUCCGUUACAAUAGUCCGCGUUCGAAUAUACGGCGAAACGACCGUCUACAGUCUGCCGAGAUGCGCGUACUACAACCACAUGCUUUCUACCAUCCGACGCGCUUUGCGCGGUGUUCUGCAAGGCAAUCCUGAUAUACAUCUACUGAACUCUGCAGACCAUGUUGUCCUCACGAAGGCGUCGUGGCCUUUCAUCGUCAACAGCCUAUAUGAGAUCGUUGUGAGAGUCUCAAGGCCGCAACCUAUUCUCGGCGACGUCAUCGACCUCACCCAGGACGUAGAAGACGAAACCCCAGUACAGCCGCGACAUGGUGGCGAAGUACGCCCACCCCGAGCGCCGCCUUCUACCUCCUUCGACGUCGAUGUGGACGGCGUCGCAGAUGAGGAGGGACAACACUAUCAACCGGUCCGCCAUACGGUACGCGUUCGCGGAGCAUCGAUCCUCCCGCACGUCAGAAAGAAGACGAACGCCACGAGGCGCAGCAUGUCUCGAUCAGUCCCCUCCGUCGUAUUGUCCAAUCAGCCUGUCGGGUUCCCGAAACUUCAUCAACACCUGGAGCUAGAACGAGACCACAAGGCCAUGAAUCAUUGGGUCGUCCCGCCCAAAAGCAAGCAUCGCGCGGUACGCGCCUGGCUUGACAACCCUGCCCGCUUCAAACGCACUUUACCAUCGGAAGAUCGUCAAUGGCUCGGACGUAACAAUGUUCGCGGCAAAGGUGAGCGCAAGCUCAUCGACGAUGGGCCCGAGCUCUACAACCUCCUUGUACGCGCUCACGGGAAGAACCACCUCAAGUCCGAGCGGACGUUCGAGAGGAUACGGCAACGCUACGUCGGCCCUCCGCGCGGCUUCGUCGAGCGUUGGGUGGCACUUUGCCCGACGUGCCGCCGCAAGAGCCGCAAGCACCGUGAGCGGAGUUAUGAUUCAUGA